CACCGAUUACUUCUGUUGCUGAUGCUGCUACUGCCACUACUACAUUCCGAUAUAUACUUUAUUCGGCAAUCCCGAUGUUACGGAUAAUAUUAUCACACACGAGUAAAACGUAAACCGCGCGCGAGAAUUUUACUUGGCGCGACCGUUACAUUUGAAAAAAUACGUGAAAAGUACAGUUCGUCUGAUUGGCGGCGAAUCAAAAAUGAAAAUAUGGUUAUUUUUCUUUAAUGUAGGUUUAACGACAAUUAAAUUUUCGCAGUUCCUGUCUAAAGUAUAAGUCUUUACAAGUAUUUAAAAAACAAAUGCAUUCAGUUUCAUGAAGAAUUGAGCUUUGGCGAGAUUUUUGUCCAAAAAGUGAGCGAAAUUGCCCACUGUGCGUCGGACGCUGUCGACUCCGUGCCUCCGUGCGUGUCUCGCGUGUUCAGAAUUCAUUGUGCGCAGGUACGGUGUUGUGUGAGAGUGCCGUCGCGCUAACAGACGACCCGCGAGCCAUGUGAGAUCGUAACAGAGGACGUAUUCAUGCGUAAAUCGCGGCAUCGUGCCUUUGGUUUCGAGUGAAGUGUUUGUUCGAGAAGGGUACGCAAUCCGUUCGGUAGAAUGUCGAUCGUGCCAAUAAAGAAACUUCACUAGUGUCGCACAAUCAUACAGAGAUACAAAACUCUGGGAGCGAAUUAAUUUACUUCUGUUUAGUGUGUUUUGACGUGCGCAUUCAACGAUUCUUGACGCUUUUUUCGGGUUUUGUUUCGUGACCUUAUGCAUCAUACCACUGUUAUUUAAGUUCUAAUUGUAAAUAAAUUUUUUUUUAUGUGAACGAGAAUAGUGAUUGAAUAGGAUUCUUCGAAAAUCGCGUUCGGCCUAUUUGAUUUUAAGUGCAAACGCUUGUCCCAAGUUUUUUUCGUCGUCGAAAAAAAGCGAGGCUUCCGCCUCGAUGCUUCGGGUAAUCGCUUCUCGGAAAUUGUCGAGGAGACUCUUUCCUUUUCCGCGAAAUCGCGUUCGGCCUAUUUGAUUUUAAGUGCAAACGCUUGUUCGAAGUUUUUUCUGUCAUCGAAAAAAAGCGAGGCUUCCGCCUCGCUGCUUCGGAUAAUCGCUUCUCGGAAAUCGUCGAGGCACCGGGAUGCUUGUCCGAAGUUUUUUUCGUCGUCAAAAAAAAGCGAGGCGCCAGUCUCCUCGACGAAUUCCGAGAAACGGUUACCCGAAGCAUCGAAGCGGAAACCGCAGUUCUCGGAAAUCGUCCCCUCCACGAUUUCCGAGCCUAACGGUUAUCUUUUCUUUUUCGCCAAAUCCCCGAGUCGCCCGACUCACGGUAGCCAAUCAGCUACUAGCUCCGCCUACUAUUUUCUCCUUCCCUCUUUCAAACGCUUCGACGACUCCGCGCGGACCGGGCUCAGUUGCCUGACGAGAGGGGUUCGGUGGGUUAGUUGUGUCGCGAAGAUUCGGUAGUGAACAUGUACGCUGCUCGUCUAUCGGAAAAGAAUAUCGCGAUCGCCUCGUGUGUGUGUGUGUGGUGUGGUGUGGUGUGGUGUGGUGUGGUGUGGUGUGGUGUGGUGUGGUGUGGUGUGGUGUGUGAAGUGCAUCGUCGUUGCCUUCCUCACUGCUUCAGGAUUAUCUUCGCCGUUGCCUUCCUCGCUGCUUCAGGACCACUUUCGCCGUUGCCUCCGUCUCUGCUUCAGGACGAUCGUUGUGGACCACUGCAAACGAGCAUACAGGAUGAUGACAGCAGAAAGCGACAUCCAUGGGGCGACUCGGUAUUCCGGAAAAGGAAUCUAGCAGUAGCAGCAGGAGCAGCGACAGCAAUCGGUGAGUGAAUUUUUAUCAAAUCAAUGAAUGGAAUUUAUAUCAUGUAUAUGUGAUAUUGCACAUUUAUAGAACACGAUUAUGCACAUUUGCAUAAAACAGAUUUAAAAUAUGAAUGCAUAUAAUUGUAAAAUUUACGGGUAUAGCAUGAAACAGAACCAAAUAAACGGACAUAGCAUAGAAGAGAUCCAAAAAGUCAUACACAUUAUCUACGGGAUUCAUAGAUAUUUGAUUACAUAGUUCAAUGUGCACAUUAUGUGCACAUAGAGGCGCUGAUGGAUGAAAACACCUAAAACGACGCGAUAUGACCGCUCUCAGGUUCCUCUCCGGUUGGGACGAGCGAAGUGCCACCGAAGUGAAGUCGUUGUCACAUUCUGAGUGAAAAGCUGCGACGCUAGAUAGCGUUUAAGGUACCGAGAGGAUCUUUAGAUUUAUCUGUCUAGAGUCUAGAAUUAUCAGAAAGGAACUUGAAAAUUCUGAAAGCGGUCAUCCCCUCGUCAACUGUGCUGUGAUUUCAACAUUACGAGUCCGAGCACAUCCCGUCUAUCCGUAAUCGUAAUCCGUGAUCUGUCGCGCGCUUGGGUACGACCAAUGUGAUCUACGCUCGGGCCGAACAGUGCCGAGUCGGCCGAAUGUAGGUUAUGUAGGUCGUAGCAGAGCGCGCGACACACGGCUAACGGAUAGACGGAGCGCGAUGGUACGUGAGUAUUCUCGGGCUCGGAAUUGCAGCUGAGCACAGCAUGAAGGUCCGUAGAUAAUGUGUAGUACAAUAUUGUUGGUUCUUUUCUGUGCUAUGUCUAUGAUUCUUUGGUUUUGCUGCAUGUUAUAGUUAUAAGGUGUAAAUUCUUGUAACGCAUAGGGCCGAAGCACAAAACAUGGCGUGACAAUGAUUAAGACAGUCGUAGUGCGACAAGCUUGUGCGUUGUCUACGUCUACGACUACGACUGUCUUAAUCAUCACGUCAUGUUUUGUGCUUCGGCCCAUACUUGUACAGCACGACUGCAAAAUGGUAAGAAUUUCAUAAUACACUAUCAUAUGCCCGCGGACAGUUUGGAGAGAGAAUACAGAGUUAUAAAUAAAUUAAUAUUUUCUAUAAAUCAUUUGUCUAGACAUAUUGUUCUUGCAUUUGUACACUUUAGCGUACAAAAUGCGAAAGUUUCGUUAUAAAUUUGUUAUUUUACGUUUUUUAUGUGGUCGCGAAUUUUUUAGAGUUAUAUGGUUACGAAUAAACGAAUUAUACUACUUUAGUAUCGUAAAGCACAUAAGAGAUAAUUGUGGAAAUUAUUUAUAAAUCUGUAUGGACGAGUAAAAAGUAUAUUUUUUCUAAGUAAAUAAUUUUUCUAAUUAUUCUAUAGACAAAACUAUUAAGGUAAAAUUUCUAAAAAAAAAAAAGUUAACGAGAAACUUUUAUACUUA